ACGAGGCAAAGAACGGCUUUGGCGUGCUCCGACGAAGAACUUGUUUGCCACUCCCGAGGGAGCAGGAAUCCUGCUCCGGAGCGCGCUCGGAGCGCGUUCCCGACGCCUGGUGCUGGUGGGAGAGACACUGAGAAGAGGUGGUGGCUUCUGGUAGUGGCUUUUUUUUUUUUUUGUAAAGGAAGUGAAAAGGGUUGAAAAGUUGGGUUGCAAGGAAAAGUGCAAAGGGGGAAGCGAAACUCGAGAAAACAAACCGGGCACGAUUGCCAAGGCGCUUGGAGAAAACAAAAAUAAAAAUCUCCUCCCACCUUCCUUCUCUUGCCCGGACGAAAUUAUGAGCUGGGAUUUGCAAUGAAAAAACAAUGGGGCCCAUCCCCAGCCCCUGCUGUUUUUGCAUGGGGUUCUUCUUGGUUUCGGUCUGGCCAGGAGUUGUUUGGAGCACGGAAGUCUGCACAGGGACCGACAUGAAGCUGCAGCAUCCCUCCAGCCCAGAAAACCACCACGCCACCCUCCGCCACCUCUAUGAGAACUGUCAAGUUGUGCAAGGCAACCUGGAGAUCACGUACCUGCCGGCAGAUGUGGACACGUCCUUUCUCAAGGAUAUCAGAGAGGUCCAGGGGUAUGUGCUGAUUGCCAAGAACCACGUGCGCCACUUGCAGCUGGAAAGCCUCCUGAUCAUCCGUGGGACCCAGCUGUACGAGGAAAAGUAUGCCCUGGCUGUCCUCAACAACACCGACCCCAGUGGGGAUGUGGGGCUGCAGGAGCUGGGCAUGUUGGAUUUGACAGAGAUCUUGAAGGGCCGUGUGAUUGUAGACGAAAACCCCCAGCUGUGCUUCCAGGAGACCAUCCACUGGGGGGCCAUUUUCCACAAACACAACCAGCAGAACUACACGGAGAUCAGCAGCCGCCGGCGGCGGAUCUGUCCCGACUGCCAAAGAAUAUGCCCCAAUGGCCACUGCUGGGGAGAAGGAAAAGGGAGCUGUCAAACAUUGACAAGCACGGUCUGCGCCAGUAGCUGUGCAAGGUGUAAGGGGAGGCACCCAACGGAUUGUUGCCACGAGCAGUGUGCAGCCGGCUGCACGGGACCCAAACACUCCGACUGCCUGGCCUGCCUGAACUUCAACCACAGUGGGAUUUGUGAAUUGCAUUGCCCGCUUCUCUUCAACUACAAUCCAGACACUUAUGAGCAUCUGCCCAAUCCACAUGGACGGUACACUUUUGGAGCAACUUGUGUGGCUGAAUGCCCUUAUAACUACUUGGCUGCAGAGGUUGGGUCCUGUACUUUGGUGUGCCCUCAGACCAGUCAGGAGGUGAGCGUGGGCACUGUGCAAAAGUGCGAGAAGUGCAACAAGCCGUGUCCCAAAGUCUGCUACGGUUUGGGGAUGGAUUUCCUGAAAGGGGUCCGUGCCGUCAAUGCCUCCAACAUCCACCACUUUGCCGGCUGCACCAAGAUCUUCGGCAGCCUAGCCUUUCUCCCAGAGACUUUUGCAGGGGAUCCUGCCUCUGAUACUCCGCCCCUUGAUCCCAAGCUGCUUAAAGUCUUUGGGAACCUGAAGGAUCUAACAGGCUUCCUCUAUAUUGAAUCCUGGCCGGAGUCUCUCGUAGACUUAAACCCUUUCCAGAACCUUCAAGUGAUCCGGGGACGAGCCCUUUACAACGGAGUCUAUUCUCUAACGUUGCAAAACCUCAAUAUCUCCUCCUUCGGCCUGCGUUCGCUGCAAGAGAUCAGCAGCGGAAUGGUCCUGAUUCACCACAACCCCAGCCUUUGCUUCAUCCGGAACGUUCCUUGGGAAGCCAUCUUCAAGAACCCUCGGCAGACCUUGUUCCAGAAUGACAACAACCCCGAGUGUAUACACGAGGACCAGAGUUGCUCCUCCCUCUGCUCCAAGGGGCACUGCUGGGGACCUGGGGGCACUCAGUGUAUGUCCUGCACUGGGUUUCUGCGUGGCAAUGAAUGUGUUAAAAACUGCAGCCUUCUGGAUGGAGAGUUCCGGGAAUACGUCAACGGGACACGGUGCCUUCCAUGCCAUUCCGAAUGUAUGCCCCAAAAUGGGACAGAGUCCUGCAAUGGAUCGGAUGCAGACCAGUGUGUGGCUUGUGCCCAUUACAAAGAUGGCCCCUACUGCGUGGAGCAGUGUCCCAGCGGCGUGAAGGUGGACGGUUCUUUCGUACCCAUCUGGAAGUAUCCCGAUGGGGAAGGCAUGUGUCAGAUCUGCCCGACCAACUGCACCCACUCGUGUACAAUACGGGAUGAACGUGGCUGCCCCGUGGAUCAGAAACCCAGCCAGGCUACGUCCAUUACAGCUGGGGUGGUGGGUGCUGCGCUCGUCCUCGUUCUCUUGUCCAUCAUCAUCAUUUGCAUCAAGCGCCGGAAGCAGCAAGAGCGGAAGCACACUCUGCGGCGUCUCCUGCAAGAGACAGAGUUGGUGGAGCCAUUGACACCCAGCGGAGCUCUGCCUAACCAGGCACAGAUGCGUAUUCUCAAGGAGACGGAACUGAAAAAAGUCAAGGUGUUGGGGUCAGGCGCUUUUGGAACGGUGUACAAGGGAAUUUGGAUUCCAGAUGGCGAGAGUGUGAAGAUCCCAGUGGCCAUCAAAGUCUUGCGGGAAAACACCUCGCCCAAAGCCAACAAGGAGAUUUUGGAUGAGGCUUAUGUCAUGGCCGGGGUAGGCAGCCCUUACGUAUCGCGGCUGUUGGGGAUCUGCCUCACCUCCACGGUGCAGCUGGUUACUCAGCUCAUGCCCUACGGCUGCCUGCUGGACUACGUGAGGGAGAACAAGGACCGCAUCGGAUCCCAGGACCUCCUCAAUUGGUGUGUGCAGAUAGCAAAGGGUAUGAACUACCUGGAGGAUGUCCGCCUGGUCCACCGGGACUUAGCUGCCCGGAAUGUCCUGGUGAAGAGCCCAAACCACGUGAAGAUCACAGAUUUUGGUUUGGCUCGGCUGCUGGACAUCGAUGAGACAGAAUAUCAUGCCGACGGAGGGAAGGUACCUAUCAAAUGGAUGGCCCUGGAGUCCAUCUUGCGCAGGCGUUUCACACACCAAAGCGACGUGUGGAGCUAUGGUGUGACUGUGUGGGAGCUGAUGACUUUUGGAGCCAAGCCGUAUGAUGGAAUCCCAGCCCGAGAGAUCCCUGACCUGCUGGAGAAAGGGGAGAGGUUACCACAGCCUCCCAUCUGCACCAUUGAUGUCUACAUGAUCAUGGUGAAAUGUUGGAUGAUCGACUCGGAAUGCAGGCCCAAGUUCCGAGAACUGGUCACGGAAUUCACGCGAAUGGCCAGGGAUCCACAGCGUUUCGUGGUCAUCCAGAACGAUGAUAAAAUGGGUCUUGCCAGCCCCAUAGACAGCACUUUCUACCGCACUUUGCUAGAGGAAGAAGACAUGCAAGAUCUGGUGGAUGCCGAAGAGUACUUGGUACCCCACCAGGGCUUUUUCAAUGGCGAGGCAUCUGCUGACUAUCGCUCUAGGAUCCCCUCAAACAGGAGUACCACAGAGACUCCAAUGGAUGAGGAUGAACCCGAGCAACCAGCUCAGUACCCCUAUUUGGGCCCGCCUCUCUUGGAAGAGCCAGGAGCUGUCAUCCCUGACUUGCUCGAAGGGGACUAUACAGGAAGCACUCUGCAGCGCUACUGCGAAGAUCCCACUGGCGCCUCGAUUAAUGAAAACGAGAGCCCAGAAGCUAAGAACUACAAUUCACCUGUGCCCUGCAGCAUGGUUCCAGAGUAUGUGAACCAGCCAGAAAACGGCCUUCCAUCCAGCAAAGGCCUUCGACCGCCAGGAUCCACCCUAGAGAAGCCAAAGGGUCACUUGGGCAAGAACGGGCUCAUCAAGGAACCAAAGAAUGCCUUCCAUAGCAGCAGCAGCUUCAGCAACGUGGUGGAAAACCCAGAGUACCUGACGCCCUGCAACCUCCCCCUGGCCGGCCCUUUGCCUCAGGCCUUUGACAAUCUAUAUUACUGGAACCAGGAGACUCCCAAGAACAACCCAGCAGAGUUUUUUGCCGGCUCUGCCGCUCUUGCCACUAACAGCUUCGCCACCACGCCGACGGCAGAGAACCUGGAGUAUCUAGGCCUGGCCGAAUCGGUUACUCGCCCCAAGGACUUUGCGUGAGGAUUCUUCCCCUGUCACCACGGAAACCUAUUUUUGAUAUUUAGGCAGCUCAGGACACAAACGAACGAACUAUUCAUGCAUGCAAGAUGAGUGGGAUUCACUAUGGCCUUAGCACAGCCCUCUUGAGGCCUACUAGGCCGCUCCUUCUCGUCCUGGUAGUUGGGCGAAAGCACUUUGUUUGUGACAAUCUCCUGCCAUGCAGUUUGGGCAACCCAGCUCAACUGUCAUUUGACAUACAGCAGGCAUGUACAACAGGACGAUCACCGGGGUGCUCCUGAUCGAUCCCCCACCCCCCAAAAAAGCUCAACAACACUUGGCAAUGACAGGGGGUAGAUCACUGCCAGUUUUUUUAAUACUGGGAGUAGAUCUCAGUCUCUUGGGAGUUGGACGUGCCUGACAUACAGGGGAAAAGGGCUGCUCUUCUGCCCCCUCUUCCUCUACCUUCGAAUACAAGACAAAGAGGGUCAGACCACUGACUGGGCUAAAGAACUAAGAGGUGGAACGAUACUUUUUAUGGUACAUUUUUAAAAAACAAAAACUUAAGGGUACUGACGGGUGGGGAGGGGGAGAACCAUGAGAUCAUGUGUUGUAAAACAGGAGGGCAACGCAUGGGUGUCGCAUAAAACGGUGGUGUGUUUUCUAUUAUUGGUCAUUUAAUGACAGUGGUAAAAAGAGAAUGUGCUUCCUUGACAUUCAGGGGCACCUGCGUCCUUACAACAGAGUAAACUGGUGGGGGGGGGAGGGAAUGGUGAUGUUCCUUAAACACAACAUCUUGGUGGGGUCUGGGGAGGAAGAAGAAAACAAUGUUGCCUAGUGGCGAGAGCCCCCUGUGGUGUUCCUUGCCACCCAUUUGCCCUCUCAAGAAGAUUCCAGAAGAAGCAGGUGAGGAACUAGAACCAACUUCAUUUCUAGGCUUGGACAGCUUGGCAAACUUUCCCAUUGUCAACUGAGAACAGUUGAGCAUCUUAAUUAAGAGAAAGAGAAUAAUAAUUUUGGAGUGCUUCCCUCCUCCUAAGAAAAAACUCCAUGUUUUGAACUCUCUUUUUGUAUAGCGCCACAUUUUAUGCCCUGGUGGUUGUUGUGGCUUCCUGUUCUGAGGCAAUGGGUGAAAAGGGAAGAAGAGAAGCUAAGCUGGCAUGUUGUUUCAGAGGGGAGAGGUUAAGUCGCCCCAUAGAACCAAUAUGUAACAUGUAGGGGGGACCUGUGGCCCUCCAGAAAUGGCUGAACGACAACUCCCAUCAUCCCUGACCAUUGGCCAGGCCUGCUAGACAGUGCUGGCCAAAGAUAUUUUGGCACCUGAGACGAACCACAAAAUGGCUCACUCGCCUCCCCACCAUGGAAGAAGGGAUGAAGAUUUACAUCAGGAACAGGGGGGGGGGAAAUAAAGAUUGAUUUUGGGAUCUGCCACCUGAGGCAGUUGCCUCACCUUGCCUCUUGGGUGGGCCGGCUAGGACUGCUAGGAGUUGCUGUUCAGCAACAUCUGGUGGGCCAGAGGUUCCUCACACCACCAGGUGGGGCUGGGUGCAUGCCACCUAUUACAUUGGAGAACGGGAAAGCCACAGUGUGUAGCUAUGGGUGCAGCCAUUUAGCUUCCCGAGAACCAUAUUCCUUUUUGCUUUUUAAAAGAGAGAACUUUGCUAAUAUGUGCUUGAACAUGUGCUUGCGCAAUGCCUGCGGAAAUCUCAGAAGCCCGAGAGGGGUCUAAAUUAAGGUUUCCAGAGAUUGGAGAUGGACUCCGCUUAGCUCCUUCUCCUGUCCAUGACAAUCGGAAAUGCAGAAUAACUAUGCAAAAUGGGAGAAAUGGUGCAAAAUCGCUCAGUUGCUGUAAUUUAUACAGACUGAGAAACAAUGCACAAAGCCCUAAAGCAGGGCAAUGGUACUCAGCGAAUGAAUCUGUGAGGACUAUACUUUUUUAUCUUUCAAACUUCACUUUGCCCCCAGCUCUUGGAAAUGUUUUGUUGUCAUUCCUCACUCCCCAUGCAGUUGCAUUGAUUUUUGGGUGCCUAGCCUGGAGAAUUCUGUUGAAUGUUCCUUGUUUUUGGAAUCUGGCCAUGUACCAAUCGCUCAUUACUUUGGAAGGGUGUCCGAAAGCAACUAGGACAGGAUGGUCCUUUUAACCUCAGCCAGCCAAAGACUGCUGGGAUGUAGAAGAAAAUGCAACAGAGGGCUUCUCAUGAAGAGUGGUGAGAAAAACUACCACUGGCCUUUGAUCUAGUGCAGGCAUCCCCAAACUGCAGCCCUCCAGAUUUUUGGCCUACAACUCCCAUGAUCCCUAGCUAACAGGACCAGUGGUCAGGGAUGAUGGGAAUUGUAGUCCAAAACAUCUGGAGGGCCGAAGUUUGGGGAUGCCUGAUCUAGUGCACCAAUCACCUUUUUUGUGGUCCUCACUGGUUUUCUGUGCCCUGCCUCUUUCUAAUAUAGAGGCAGCCCUACCAAUAAGCAGGUGACAGCGGCUGCUUCAAUGUCUGGCUCCAGGUGCCAUUAAGGGCAGCAAAAAUUGAGAUGAUGAAUCCAACUCAUGGGGGCACAAUUCACUGGGAAGUUCUCCUGCACAAACCUCAUUGCAGCAGGUGGGCUGCCUUUCAGUUAAGUCUUGUACAGUGAAACAUCCCUGGGGAUGUGCAACAAAGACACAUGGCAAGAACAUAAGAAGAAUCUGUUGGAUCAGGCCAGUGGUCCAGCAUCAUGUUCUCACAGGGACCAACUGGACACGAGUGCAACAACACUCUCCCCACUUUGGUUUCCAUUAAAUUGGUAUUCAGAGGCAUGAUGUCUGGAUAGAGGCUAUUUGGAUUUCCUGCUUCCCCUACUAAAGAUUCUUGAGCCAGCUCAAUGAAAAGUGGUGUGUUCUUCAGUCUCCUUACAUGUUGAGCUUGGCUGAUGAGAGUCACAGCCCAAAUUAUCUGGACAGCACCAGGUUAGAGAUUGUGGCACUAAGCUUGGCCCCAGUGCUCCCUAUUCCGUUGCCUCCAUUUCUGUCUUGUCAAGAUGGUGGACUCAAUUAUUGUUUAAAACAAGGUGGAAUGUUCGCUGUACCUACAGCCAGUCAGUCCCCUUCCUUCUUUGGGGAGCAGAAUUUGGGGGGAAAUUAACAGCACAAGAGACGUGGAAGUAUGAAUUUUGCAAAGAAACCAGGGAGCCCUCUCAGUCAGGGCAAACUGCCUGGUGAAGAAGCCUCCUGGAGCUGCCCCUCCUUGCAUGCACAAAGGUGAGGGGGGAUUACCAUUAGCAUCAACUGAAGAAAUUCCCUAAGUAACACAAGACGGGCUUGUAACUUGUUUAGACUUUGUGGUGUGGGAGAAGGUGGGGAAAUGACUUGUGCCAUAUCUAAAGUUUGUUCCGCCCCGACCCCUUGCCCUGUUCAACCUCUCUCUCUGAAACCUGUGUUUUCCAGCUUGUGGGUACAUUGAAGGUAUUCUGCUGUGGGUGACUUUUACAAAAAUCAAUUGUGUCAUAAGUAUUUGUAUAUCUGAGAAUUGUACUGUACAAUGGUUUUCAUUUUCUACA